UCAUGCGAACGUAAAGGGUGAAGAUGGUCGAUUUUAUCGAUUAAACAACCGAUAACUGACGGUGGCCGCCAUAUUCUUGUUUUCAGUCCCUCGAUCACGUCACCCUUGGAACCUGCGUUCCCCGUUCUCGUGGAUUCCGGGGGAAGAUUCGAUACUUUUUAUUAUCAUGAACACGUUAGAAUCCGAUAGUUCACUAGAUAGUUCACACGAUCCCCCAUUCAGUUGCUCAGCGGGGGAUGAAAGCCGAGUCUCUGCUGUUGUUAGCUGUAAGACUGCCUCUUCCACGUCUGAGCACGAGAUCGUCCCGGAUUGUCCAGCAGAGCCCGAAGCUUCAGACUCCAGCAUGGCGAGGACGCAAUCCGACGUGAAAGAAUGUAAAGAUUUAUGCGGAAAUGAGAAAAUGAAGGCAAAGAAGGAUGUCCAUAAGGACAAUACAUCGACAGCUUCCGUAAAUUACGAUCGGAUCUUAAACUUGGAUCAUAAAAAUGUCAAAAUGUUAUACUGUAAUUCUAUGGUAGCAAGUUGCGACUGCAACGUCAUUGCCAGGUGCGAUUUCGAGUGCAACUACAAGCCUAUCCGGAAAGAAGAUUUUGAAAACAGUAAAGCGACUAUUCGGGAGAAGACUCCGUUGAGUGACAAACGAAGAACGAAUUAUUUCGACGAUGUGACAGAAGUGCUGGACAGCGUCGACUCGACGUACGAAAAAGUAUGCCGUAUGAAGCACGAGGAGAAAUCUAUCGAUUCAGGAGUAUCCCUGACUAGCGUAAACGCAGAAGAUAAUGAUUAUCAAAUCAUUAUCGAUAAUCACGUUGGUGCGCAGAGAAAAGCAGUUGAGAAAAGCGACACUACCACAUGCAAAAAUGCCGAAAACGUUGCAAAAGAUUGUCAUAGACAGAAUGUGAUAUCUCAUAUAAAUAAUAUCAAUAAUAUUCUACAAAAAGAGUCGGACAUAGGAAAUACAGCCGCUUCAGCAAUAGGAUUUAAUCAUUGUUGUAACAAUGUAAACAAUAGCGAGGAUUAUUUCGAAGGUAAUGUUAAUCUUGCGAAAGAUACGGAAGAAAACAUAGAACAUACAUCGAGCAUUGAAAACAUUAAAGAAGGUAGUAUAGAAAAGACAAUUGCGGAAAUAAGAGAGAUGAAUGAGACGAUUAAGAAAGUUUUGUGCACAAGCAACGAUGAGCAACAGAAUUUAACGGAGGAGCGAAUGGUGGAAAGCUUAACCGCGAAAAUGGAGAACGAUCACGACGAGGUGAUGAAAAAGAUCAUCGAGAGCUGCACCAACGUCUCCACGGACUUUCAAGAAGAGCCCGCGAACGACGAAAACUUGAAUGCAGAUUUAAAAGAAUCGAGUGAAUUCCUAAACGUAUUUCGAGAUAGCAAAAUUUUGCCGCGUCAUAGCAUUUUGGAGACUGACAUUGCUAAAGAAGAUAUACUAAAAACUAUCGAAGAAGCGAAGAAGAUCUUAACCGACAGCCCGUAUUGGAACAUGUCGGAGGCAAACGCUGAGAGUUACGACAAAGAUGAUUCAUCGGAAAAAUUUAUGAGAGCGUUAAAAAAUGAUGAAAAGUGUAAAAAAAUUAAUGAGGAAGAAAACAGUUUUGUUGAGAAUGAAGACACUAAAAUGAAUCCGAUAAAUAUAGAAAACGAGGAAGCCUUCUUUUUAAAUCCUGAUGUAGUCGAGAGCAAUUUGCAGAGAUUAACGGAACUUACGUGCCUCGAUCGUCCCAUGUCGCACUUCGAGAUUCACGAAACUUUGGAGAAAAUAGCUGAAGAAAAGAGAAAAAUAAAAGAUCAGAAGAAGGAGUCGUUAGAAACAUUGUCAAAGAAAUUUGAUGAAAUCGAUAAAUUCGUUGCAGAUCAUGAUGAUAGUUUUUGUGCAUCUGAUAAAGAUCACUGCGGCUUAAAGGCAUUAGACGAUACUGCCAGCGAUUUCGAUAGUCUCGACGAAUUUCAGGUUGAUCUCAAAAAUCUCGAGCUUCCCUUAACGAAAUCCGAAAUAACCGAAAAUUUAAAAAUCGAGGAGCUGGAGAAGGAGCUUGUGGAUGAGAUAGAGAGACAUAAGAAACUUAUGGAUGAAUAUCAAAGUAUUAUUGCUGCUGAUUUAGAGACGACUUCAGAAGCGAUAGUGGAAUCAGCGCAAGCUAAUCACGAAGAUAUCAAACAAUCUGAAAAUGAAUCUAAGAAGGACGAAGAAGUAGACAAUAAAAAUGACACUGCAAAUAAACCAUCUGAAAAGAUUGAUAACACAAUGACAAAAUUUAAUUUUGAAUUUGAUGAUUUUUUUCCGGAAGAAUUGAAGGAAUCGAAAAGAACGUACGUUAAGGGAAAAGUUUACGAUUUUGACGAGAAAAAGCAUGGUGUCAGAAUGACGGAGGAGCUGAUCAGGAAGCACUGCAAGGAGCACAAACUCUACCAGACUCCGCAUUUAAACGACGUCCUGUACCUACAUUAUAAAGGAUUUUCCUUCAUCGAGAAUCUUGAGAAGUACACGGGUUUGAAAUGUCUGUGGCUGGAAAACAACGGUAUACGCGAGAUCGCGAAUCUGGAAAACCAGAGCGAGCUGAAAUGUCUAUAUUUGCAUCACAAUCUCAUCAACAAGAUCGAGAACCUCGACUGGCUAACGAAGCUUGACACCCUGAACCUCUCGCACAACACGAUACGGAGGAUCGAGAAUCUCGGUGAAUCUCGCGAGUCGCGGCGACUGUUAGCCCAGGUGACCUUGACCUUGACGUGCCUCUGCUUUUCAGACGGCCUCAAGUUCCUGAACAACCUGAACCUGUCGCACAACUAUCUGCAAGAAACCGCUGACAUCGAGUAUCUCCGUCUGCUGCACGCGGUCUCGAUCUUGGACAUCUCUCACAACAGGAUCGACAACUGCGACGUCGUUGACAUUCUGAGAGACAUGAAGUCACUGCGUGUCGUAACGCUGACCGGAAACCCGGUUUUGAAGCAGAUCAAGAUGUACCGCAAGACAAUGAUACUGAAGUGCAAGAAUCUGCAGUAUCUGGACGAUCGACCGGUGUUUCCGCGCGAUCGCGCCUGUGCUGAGGCCUGGAUGCGUGGUGGUGCCGACGAGGAGGUGGCUGAGAGGAACCGGUGGAUUCAAGCGGAACAGAAGAGGAUCGAUGAUAGUAUCACCGCCCUGAUAAACAAAAGGAAGCUACGCAAACCGGUCGGGACGUCCAAAAAGGAGGCGGUGGAUAAGAAGAAGGAGAAGGAGGAGAAGAACGAGGUGGACAAGGAGGAGGAAGAGCAGGACGAAGAAAUCGCGACGAAGUCGAGCGCGCGUACCGCGAGGAGCAGCGGACUGCUCGACUUGGAAAGGAAGAAAAAGUCCAAAGAACGAUCCUUCCUUGGUUCCUGCGCCUCCUCGUCGUUGUCGUCGUCGGAUGAGGAGCUCGCGAGCAACGAAGAAAAGGAAGACGCGCGGCAAAAAGGAAGCGAGGAAAGUGACGGAAGGAGACCAAUGGCGGAGGAAGAGAGAAGAGUCACCAAUAGACACGGCGGGGAGCUUCUGCUGCCCUGGAAAGCCGAGGUAUGCGGAGAAGAAACCCGAUCACAAAUUCUGAUUGAAGAGAUCUCCGAGCCUCAGCAAUAUACCGCUGGUGAAAGAAAAUGCCUCGGAAAACGAAUUUUGGAUAACCGUAGAAGCAUAGACGAUCCAAUCACCAGGGAGAUCGCCGAUUGCAACAAAAUAAUGUUGGAAUUAACGAUGAAAGAAGAAGAGGCAUCAAACUUACGAAAUUCGAUUGAUGACAACAAUAGGAUAUACGAUCGCGAACGCGAGAAAACAUCUAUCUCCGUAUCGUGCGACACGUCGGAUUUAAGACAAAUGUUAGAAGAGGAUGAAAAAGUCGGCACGAGUGCGGUCGCCGAUGCGAGAGAGCAUGGAUCGGAGAAAAAUAUCAAGAGCUAUCGGAGAAAAAACAAAGAGUGUCCGUUCGGUUCUAAACUUAGCAGCAUCCGAGAGGAAAUGAGAGAAUUCUGCGACGGUAUGAAUAGGUUUGUUGAUGAAAACAAGAUAGCGUUCAAGAACGGCGAGGUGGAGGGAUUCUGGGGCGGGAGAAAAAUGGUGGACGCGAAUUUGCAAACCGAUUCCGUUGAUGAUGACGAGAACCGAGAAAUCGAGGCUGAGGUUCCCGCAGGCGAGGAAGAUAAAUUGCAACGAUGGAGUACCAAAGAAAGAAAACUGAAGGUCAGGGAGAUGAUCAACGAACGAGAGGCUGAAGCGCAGAAAAAUACAAUGGAGACCAAAGAUAUCAAAACGAGCGAAAAUUCUAAUAAUCAUUCAUCGGAAAAUGAGAAGCCGACAGCUGCGAAUAAUUUUCAGAAUGUCUACGAUUUAAUGACGCUGAAAACUUGUCCGAAGAUUUUUCCAGAUUCAACAGAAACGUACCCGAUGAAAGACUCGGAGGAUUACGUACACGAGCCAUGUGCACAAAUAAAAGAAAAGUCAAGAGGUACAAUGUACAAUAGCCUUCUUGCCGAGAUGAGAUAUCAGAAUAAAACCCGAAAAAUGUAUAAGUCGAAUGUUUCGAAUAAACUGAUGGUUUUGGAGAAGAAACUGGAUUCCGAAAAAUCAGUGAUAGAUGAUACAAAGAGAGAAAGUCUUAUCAGUGUAACAACGGAUCAUGAUUCCGAGGAGCAAUUCUCGAAAAGCAAAAAUAUCGCAGAGACAAACGGUAAGUGUGCAAAAAUUGAAAUCUUGGACAAGUCUAAUGACAUUUUGCUCGAAUCUCCACAAGAGAAGAAAAAUGUCGACGAAUCUGAUGAUGAUUCCUUCAAGACAGCAAUAUCUCUUCAAGAAGAGUCGCAAAUUGUAGGAAGUAAUCAAGAGUCGCCAGAAGUUUUAAAAUUGCAAAAUAAUUACGAUAAAUUUACUACUACAAUUAAACAUGAAAACAUCAAUGAUACAGUAGAAAAUUUUCUCGACAAGACGGAGGAAAAUCUGUCGAAUAGCGAGCAAGAAUUUUCAACGGAGCUUGAUUCUCAAGUGAAGUCGUUCAUCCAGACGAUAGAUCGUUUAUCUUUAGAAAGAACGAGUCAGUCUUCGAAAUUGAUGGGUAAAAGAACUCGUGAAGCCGAAGAUAUCGAGAUUAGCAACAAGAAGUCUUUUUUCAUCGAGGAAGUAAAUCCCGGAAGGAAGUUGGACGAGCGCAAACCACGUAGCCAGAUCUCCGAGAGGUGCAGACAGCACCUGAUACAAGAGACGAGGAAAUUCGCGAAGAAAGUAUCACCGUUGAUCGACAAGUGCAUAACGAAUCUGAUAAAGGACACGGAAAAUACUAAUCAAAAGUCGCAGUAUCAGAAAUAUGAUCGCAGGAGUCUCGGAGAAUAUCUGCCAUCUGAUUUCGCUUCUAGAAUGGAUUUCGGUAAACCCACAGGCAAUUUUGGAGGACAAAAUAAUCACCGCGAUAAGUGCGCCGACAAAUCUAACGAUUUAACAAACAUGCAUUCUGAAAAGCAAGAAUCGACGCGAGAGGAAACAAUGAAAUUGGAAUCUGCCGUAGCUGACAAAUCCGAUAUUCAAUCACUUGCUGAUCUCUUACAACAGUACGAAAGCACCUACAAGUCGGAAUCAUUGGCCGCGAAUACCGGCAUGUCACUUUAUAAAGAAUUUUGUGAUCAUCUGGACCAAUUGAAAAAUAAAAAGAAAUUGCUGAUUAAACCAGAUUUCAUGAAUCAAGAAGAUAAAGAGAAGUUACCUGAUAAUGAAAUAUUACAAGAAACGGAAUGUUCGAUAAAGAAAUCAGUCAGACCACUAAUUGAGGUGAUUUCUGAAAGUCCCGCAAUUUCUGAGGAUUCCGAAGAUAUUUCGAAACAGAAAGAAGUUGUAGAAAAAUCGCAUAAUCCUCAAAACACUUCCGAUAAUUAUCAAAAAGAUGCUGUCUUCAGAAGACUGUCCGAGGAGAUGAUUGACAUCUCUGAUGUUCCUGAAAAGCAUAUCAAUCAAGAAAAUCUAGUUAGCUUGGACGAGAAAAUAAAGCUCGGGAUGUUUUCUACAUCAGGUACAUCGGAAAACUCAGAUUGCAAAGAGGAGUGCGCGUUGAAAAAGGAAAAAGAUGGGACCAUUACGACGAACAUGAAAAAGAGUAUAGAAAUGCAGGUGGCACAGGAGGGCUAAGUGAAUCGAAGUUUUUAAUGCUGUUACGUUAUUUUCAAACCAAAAAUAAUAGUUAAUGCACUUAAUAUACGUUAAUGGGGUAAACUGUAAAACGUGUAGGAUCGCCAAGAACGAAUUUCGUUUUCGGGAAUAAUCUAAUCCCUGCGCGACUCAAUGAUUUGUAGAUCGUAAAACAGUUGUUAGUUUAAGUUCGCCGAAUGUUCGACACGUGUCUCUUGUCCUUCCAGUUUGAAAUAAAUGCAUUAUCUUCAUCAGAUGAAUCUGUGAGACUCGAGGAACGCUCGAGAAAACCUCGACGAAAAGCGAGAAACGACAGGUGGUGGAAACAGACCGGCCUUCUACUACGUACACUUUAUUUUGGUGUCCACACUCACAUUAAUUAUAUAAUAAUCAUAAUCAUAAUCAUAAUAAUGACGAUGACGGUGAUGUCGAGAUGAGCCGUAAUUAACAAUAGUAAUAAUAAUUAAUCCCCGUAAUCACGCGCAAUGAUAAUUGGUCGCACGCGAAAAGAAACGAUACUCCAUCACGCUGAAGUGUAUUAUCUCUUUAUCGUCGUCUCUCUCGUCAGCCUCCGGACAGAUUCCAGAUCUGAGUCUCGGAUCCCUUACUCCCGCAGAAGCUACCAUCUUGGCGCGAAAAGCUCUUGGUAUUAUAAUAUAUUUAUAUAGAGUGAUUAUACCGCGCAAAUUGUUUUAACGAAACUGUCCCCCUUCGUCGUGCCAACUUUCUUGUUCCUGUCACUCGUGCCGCCCCUUUUCGCUCUUCGGCUGCCUCUUCUUGUGACUUUACCUCAGGGAACGUGUACGAACGUGUGUGUAUGUGCAUGCGUGCGUGCGUGCGUGUGUGUACGUGUGUGG